CAAAACAAAAGAAUAGCAAAAGCUACUUCAAUAUUAUACAAAAGAUGUAUUAAAAUUUUUGGUUAAUUUCGGUACCCCAUUAUUCAAAAACCGUCGAACCGAUCAAAGAAUGGAGUGCGAAAAAUGUGAUAUCACCAGCAAUGCCGGUGACCAUAGGCUUAAUUUGACACGGAGUCUGUCGGACCUUAAACCGGAAACCACUCUGGAGAUGGAGAUUGAUGAGGCUCUGUCCUCCAGUAGUGCCGAUGACACUCCGCCGGGCAUGAUCGUUGUGGAGACCCGCAUCAGUUCCUGGCAGAAGGUGAAGUGCUAUGACAAGGAUGGUACGACAGCAGAUGCGGAGGAUCCACAGAUACCGGCCUGCUCCCUGGGCCUAAAGCCAAAUGUUCAGUUCCAGAAGCUACCGCACCCAAGUCAUCCUCUGGUCAGCACCGAGGCCGUCCUGGCCGCCGCCACCAGCUCCUCCUAUUCCGCUGGCCCACCCAAAGCCGCGGCCACAGACUCCAUUGCCACGUUGCGGCACUGCGUCGAUGGUGCCACCCAGUGCAAUAACCUGAAUUACGAGUCCGCAUCCAACGAAUCGAUGCCCUCGGUGGGAUCGCUCGUCUGUCGCAUUUGUCACAAUGCCGAUAAUCCCGAACAACUCGUGUCGCCGUGUUUGUGCAAGGGCUCGCUGACAUAUGUCCAUGUUCACUGCCUGGAGUGUUGGAUUAGCACCUCGCGCUGCACCACCUGCGAGCUGUGCCAGUUCCAGUACAAUACGGAACAGACUCUGCGGUACACCUGCCUGCAGUCGCUGCGCCUGUGGUACUCAAGGGCCAUGAGUCGCAGGGCACUGCAGGAGGACUGCCAGAUGUUCUCGCUGCUCACCUUGGUGGCAUUCGGAAUUAUCGGUACCCUGCUGGUAGGCAUCCAGUACUACGCCCUGCACACCCACUCUUGGGGACUGAGUAAGCUGUGGACCAAGUCCUGGAUGCUGUUCUUCCUGUUCAUGACGAUCACCGUUUACUUUGCUAACAUUUACAUGCUGAUCAAGUCCCAGCUGACGCCAUGGUAUCGCUGGUGGCAAUCUGCGCGUGACAUUAAACUUAUCCUGGAGAACCGACGACCGUUUCCGAACCCAAGCCGCUUUUUGCGGUCAUUUCAAUUGGAGACGGUAUCGACGACAGCCUCCAUGUACACCCACCACGAUCAGCAGGAAGCACCAGUGCCCAGCUCCUCGCCGGUCAUCGUGAUCACCUCCAGCGAGGAGGAGACGGAGGAUAAGUUGGCCCACAAAUGGGGAACGCGGCUGGACAGUGAAGUCCUGGCCGCAGUAGUGGCAGCCACCGUGGAAUCGAUUGCUGACGCAAGUGCCCGCGAGAGCGACAAACAGGACGAGGACUAGCAGCAGCAUUCAGUUGCAACAGCAACAACGACAACCGGAUGGCAGCAACUAAAGUACUGGACUGGGUCUCGAGGGGAUCAGGACGGAUAGCAUGAUAGCAAAGGUCUGGGCAAGUAAUUAAGACUCAAGGGCAAGGAUUUUGCUGGGCUUUCGUUGUUUGAGUGUCAUUUGUUUAAUGUAGUUUCAAUGACUUAAAUUAACUUACUCUCUCUCGCGAUGAGAGCUCGAAAUAAAUGGGUAAAAUUG